CAACGCGCCAAUUCACGGGCAUAGACAGACACCCUGUGCUGCUCCAUCGUCGCAAACAAGUCAGGGAAUCGCAUCGAGACAGAGGCACCCGUAUGACCAACUGAGAGAGAGCUGUUGAGACCGGUGCCAUCACAAUCACAAUCAAUCACAAUCACAGUCACGAUGCCGACGUUCCAGAACAAGACAUUCCGCUCGUCGGCCGACACUGGCAAGAUCGGCAUGCGAUACCGAGCCCUCAUAGGCAAACAUCCGUUCCUCACCUUUGGGCUGCCCUUUAUCGCCGUCAUUGUGGCUGGAUCGUUUGUCCUCACUCCGGCCACGGCGAUUCGAUAUGAGAAGCACGAUCGCAAGGUGCGGCAGCUGACCAAGGACGAGGAGCUGAAUGUAAGGAGGGCGGCACGGAAAGUGGACAUGAAGGAGGAAUACUAUAGACUUGCCGGGAGGGAUCUGGACAAUUGGGAGCAGAAGCGGGUUGAGAGGCUGCCUGGAGAGAGUGACGGAAUCCUGUAAGAGCCGAGACAGGCCAAUUGCGUGAUAUUCCAGAGCAAGACAUGGGAUGCGAGGGACAUGCCGUGCAACACCAUUGCCGGCCGCAACACGAAAAUCGAAAUUACUUGUACUGCCACGUCGGGAGAAAAAAGAAAAAAAGAAAAAAAGAAAAACAACUCGAAAACAAGCAAAUAAACAAUAGUGGGAGGCUUGUCGAUUGAUUGGAUACCGAGGGCCUGGAGCCGGCUCAG